AUGGAGUUGGACUCGGACUGCUGUGAAUUCCCACAAGACUGCUCGAUGGUGGACGUCCAGGACUAUGGAGAUAUGGGACUAAAAAUGAUGUAUAAUACGAAUAGUGUGUUGCAAAAGAUUGCUAACCUGUACGCCGAACGGUUGAUGUCAGAUGUGACGCUUGUGGUGGGUGAAAAUCGUUAUCCGGCUCAUCGGAUCAUUCUCUGUGCCAGCAGUGACGUUUUUCAGGUGAUGUUGAUGAAUGCAACCUGGCGCGAGUUUGGCGAUGCGGUCAUCACGCUGCAGGAGGAGGAAAAAUGUCAAGACGUGUUCCCACAGUUUCUGCGUUACAUGUAUGUCGGCAAGAUGACGAUCUCGGUCGACACGGCGGUGUAUAUAUUGAAGCUUGCCGACAAGUACAACAUCCACGAUUUAGUUCAAAUAUGCAUUGACUACAUGAAGCGGCACAUAAACAAGGCAACCGAGAAGGGUCACUUCGUCGAGUGGCUCCACAAUGCGCUGCUCAUUUGCCCGGGUCGUAAGGAUUUGAUCACGUUGCUGGAGAAUUACCUGAAGUGGAAUUUAGAGCGGAUAGUGAUGUACCCGGGCUGGGAGCAGCUGAGCCUCGGCCUGAUGAACUGGCUGCUGCAGCAGAACGAUCUGGUCGUGCGCAGCGAGUUUCGGCUGUACGAGCUAGUCGAAUGCUGGUUUCGUUACCAAAAAAUGCAGAUCGAGGAGCGGGUCGAUAUGCGAGAGCAGGAUCGAGAGAGUGCUAUCAAUAAGCUAAUCAACGGUGUGCUGGUACACAUACGAUUCGCGAUGAUGAGCCUACCGCAGCUGGCAAAUGUGCUGAUGAGUGGUGCCUCGGUAAGGAUGUUGAAAGAGUUUUACGUGGCACGGGUUGCCGACGGUAUGAACUUUCAUUCGCGCCAUCUAGAGAUAGUGAGUGCCAUACGGCAGAGCGAAACGGGCGAACUAUUUUUCACCCCCCGGCUCUACGCGAGCGACCUGUGGAGCCUUGAGAUUGCCGUCAACUACUUCCACAAGGUGGAAAAAUAUUCGAGUGUUGCGUCUGUGUUUUUUUCGCCCACCAACUUUAGUGACGUUGACGAGGAAAGUAAUGGGUGGGAUGUCGAGUUUUUUCCUCUAGGCGUACGUUACAAACCAGCACAGUUGAUUGGUAUUUACAGUGCGGCCACCAAUCGGGAAAUACCCGAAAGCAUUAUUCGCACUGUACGCUUAAGAAUUACCAGCCAGACAGCAAUGCGAACCGAACGAAGGUACAUGAUUGGCGUUCUGAUAUGUGGUAUGAUGAAUGACGAAGAGUAUGUCCGCAACUGUCACGUGCGGAUGGCAUAUUUCUCCAACGAUCAACGGGUGCUGAAUAUCGAUAAUUUAAUACCGUUCGAAGAACUGCAGCUGGGCGCGCGGAAGUUUAGUCAAUAUAUGGUCGGUUUGGAGCAAAAUACGAUUAAAAUUAAAGUUGUUAUCGUACCAUUAAAUCGGUUCUCCAACGUAUUUGCUCCAAUGUUGGAAUAG